CUGCUUUGUCUUAGUAUUUUUCUCUUAUAAGGAUUAGAAGAUUUGAGUCGGAUUUUGUGUUCUUUCGUAUUAUAGUUAAAAAAUUAUGCUGUGAUCGAUAUGUAGUGAUUAGUUAAUUAUGAUUGAAUUAUAUAAUUUUUACUAAAAAAAUUUUGAAGGAAAAUUAAUUUACAGAUAAAAGUUUUUAUUCUUCUUUUCUUCUCUAAGAUAAACACUAGGUUAGGAAGGAAAUAGAAAUAGAAGCAAUUUUCCAUUUAUUUACAUCAUAAUUUGAUUUAUUUAAAACUAAGAAAGUAAUUUUUUUUUUUUUUAAAAAAAAAAGGAAUAGAAGUAACACAAGAAUUGCCUAGUAUGCUUCAGAAGAAGCAAGAAGCAUCUUUUCAUAUUCACUCGCCAAACCAUCCAGAACCUCUUAGAGAUUUCUUCACUUUUCUCCACAACCUUCUUUAAAUCCUUUCGUCUUUCUUUCAACAUCAUCCAGCAAACCAAACCCACAUCUCUUUCCCUGCUUAUCAACACUGUAAAGCCAAUUGAUCGAGAAAUUAACAAGCUUUAGCAACUAUGGCUUUGGCUCGUCUAGUUCUGAGAAACUUGCUGCAAAAAAGGGUUUCUCCUCCUCCUUUUUCUUUUCUUUUGGGUCAAAAUGGAGAAAGGGGUCUGAGUGGGGUGCAAGGGGUCGAUAAGGUUCUGAGAAGAUCCAUGGUGACUGCUGCUGAUCACCAUGACAAAGAAGAUGACAAAAACACGGCUGUUACAGAGAGGAAAUCUUCUAGUAUGUCUCCCCGGAGGAGAAACAGGAGAGGACUUUGGAGGAGAAAUGACUCUGACUUUGUUCCUGCCCUUUAUGAAUUCUUCCCAUCAGGACUAGGAAAUGCAUUGCUGCAAGCCACCGAGAACAUAAACAGGCUAUUUGAGAACAUGAACUUGUCACCUUCUCAGCUUAUGGGACGCAUAAAAGAGCAAGACGACCGUUACAUUCUGCGGUACGACAUGCCUGGACUUACCAAAGAAGAUGUGAAGAUCACCAUUGAUGAUGGUGUGUUGAGCAUAAAAGGGGAGCACAAGGAGGAAGAAGGGUCAAACGAGGAACAUUGGUCAAGCACUAGCUAUGGUUAUUAUGAUACAAAACUUUCAUUGCCUGAUGAUGCCAAAGCUGAUGAGAUCAAAGCUGAGUUGAAAGAUGGUGUGCUCACUGUUAUGGUCCCAAGAACUGAGAAACCCAAAAAGCAUGUAAAGGAGGUUAUGGUUCACUGAUUCACUGAUAUAACCAGUAAUCUCCUUUUACAUCCAUGCUUCUGUGUCGAGUGUGUUUGUAUUUUAUAUCAAAAUCAGUAAUCAAUAUAUAUGAUAAUAAUGAAUAAGUUUUCUCAA